AGCCGCAGGAGAUCAGAGAUGCGCUCCGGAGUGAGGGACAGCGAAGUGGUCAUGAGCGCCAAAGUGAACUCCGACGCUCCGCCCACAGAGCAGGACCACAACCCCAUGGCCCCGCCCCCAGGCCCUCCUCCUCCUCCCGUCGGCCCGUCCUCCUCCGCCGAGACCAUCCUCUUCUGUGGCACUGACGCUGUGCCCAAGAGCAAACCCAGAGCCCAGCCCCACACCACCACCACCGCCCUGCUCCUCCCAGCUCCCGUCCCCACUCAUCAGAAAGUGGAGGUGACUCAGGCCGUAACCCUGGGAGACGGGACAAAGGCCACGCCCCUCACGGCCCAUGUGGGGGGAGCCUGUAGCAUCGUCCAUGUGCUGGAGUGGAAAGAGGGCAUGGCCAUCCUGCCCAGCACCAACCUCAAGUUUUGUGUGAGUGACGUGGGGGCUCUAAGCACACUAAUCACUCCAGGGAGCACGGGGAGCACGCCUGAGCCAGCAGCAGCAGCAGCAGCAGCACGGCCUUCUGGGAAAUCCACUGACUCAGACAAGGCUCCAGUGGAAAAGAAAGAUGUGUCUCCUCCUAUUGUCACUGUGAGGUCCCCAGUCGUGGAGCCAGAGGGACCGGUCCAGAAGAGGCCAAUGGUCCAGACCAAAACUGAGGUCCAGACCAAAGUCGAGGUCCAGACCAAAGUCGAGGUCCAGACCAAAACUGAGGUAAUGAGCAAAACUGAGGUUCAGAGCAAAACUGACGUCCUGGCCAAACCCGAGCUUCCGACCAAAACUGAUGUCCCGACCAAAUCCGAGGUCCUGACAAAAGCCGAGGUCCAGCCCAAAACAGAAGUCCCGAUCAAAGCUGAGGUCCAGAGCAAAACUGACGUCCAGGCCAAAACUGAGGCCCCAAUCAAAACUGAGGUCCAGGUCCAGACCAAAGUCCAGGUCCAGACCAAAGCUGAGGUACCAACUAAAACUGAGGUCCAGGCUAACCCCUCCGUCCAGAUCAAAGCCGAGGUCCCAACUGGAGCUGCACUUCACAACCACAUCCCCAAGUCCACACAGAGGAGCUUCGGGGACGAGCUGCGCAGGGAUCCAAUCACAGACAAGAGGACCAUCGUUGUGGAGAAGGUGCCUGCAGGAGGGAGGGUCUCACUGAACGCAGAUCACCUUAAACCAAUGAGGAAAAGGAAAAGGAAAGAAUAUCUGAGUCCGUCUGAUGAGGACUCGGACUUAGAGGGAACGGAUGAGAAAAUGGAUGACAAUAAAUCUGACUGCAGACUUAUCCGAGGAGGUGGAGACAAUAAAACAGAGCUGUGGACCUGGGCUCAGUAUCUGGAGGAAACCAAAUCUAUCGCUGCACCCACCAAGCUUUUUCGUGAGUCUCAGAGGGUCCCCACUGUGAAAAAUGGCUUCAAACAGGGCAUGAAGCUGGAAGGCAUCGAUCCACAGCAUCCCUCCAUGUACUUUGUCCUGACUGUGGCCGAGGUGUGUGGGUAUCGGCUCCGGCUCCACUUCGAUGGAUACUCAGACUGCCACGACUUCUGGGUGAACGCAAACUCCUCAGAUAUCCACCCCACGGGCUGGUGUGAAGCGACAGGACACAAGUUGCACACUCCGAAAGGCUGUAAAGAAGAAGAGUUUACCUGGGCGAACUACUUGAAGAUGACAAAAGCACAAGUCGCUCCAAAAGAACUGUUUGCAAGUCCUGGCAAGACCGAUGUGAACUGUGGCUUUGAGAUGGGCAUGAAGCUGGAGGCUGUGGACCGCAUGAAUCCGUCUCUGAUCUGUGUUGCCACGGUGACUGAUGUGGUCGACCAGCGUUUCCUCGUGCACUUUGACAACUGGGACGAUACAUACGACUAUUGGUGUGACUCCAGCAGCCCGUACAUCCAUCCCAUUGGCUGGUGUCAGGAAAGGAACCUCCCCCUGACCCCACCUCAAGAUUACCCAGACCAGAGCCUCUUCUCCUGGUCACGGUAUCUGGAGGAAACCGGAGCGAGAGCUGUGGCCCCUGAAGCUUUUAAAAUGCGUCCUCCUCACAGUUUUCAGACUCAUAUGAAGCUGGAGGCUGUGGACAGGAGGAGUCCGGGUCUGAUACGAGUGGCCACAGUGGAAGAAGUCGACACGCACCGCAUCAAGAUCCAUUACGACGGCUGGAGUCACGUGUACGAUGAGUGGAUGGACUCAGAUAACCCGGACAUCCACCCGGCCGGCUGGUGCGAGGCCACUGGGCACCCGCUCAAAGUGCCCCCUCGAGACGCCAAAGCUCCACAAGCACAUGGAGUGAGAGAGCCUCCAGUGACGGGCCAGUCCACGUAUCCCUCCUCUGUCCCCUGUAAACCCAUGGGCCACACGAGAACCAGCAAAUACAGCUUCCACAACAGGAAAUGUCCCACUCCUGGCUGCGAUGGCUCAGGGCACGUGACUGGUCGAUUCACAGCACAUCACUGUAUUUCUGGCUGCCCAUUGGCUGAGCGUAACCAGGGGCGACUGAAGGCAGACCUGUCAGACUCAGAAGGCAAAAGAAACCUCUUCUUUGGCCAAAGGACCAAGAAAACACACUACCGCGGAAGGAUUGGACGUCCUCCAAAAUACAGGAAAAACCAGCAAAGAGACUAUCAAGGCCUCUCAGCUGAAGACGUGUACCCCUCUCUCUUCAUGUCGGCACUGAGUGGCCAGUCUGACCGCUCACUGUCUCUGUGCUGGGAGCAGCACUGUAAACUGCUGCCUGGGGUGCAGGGCAUCGAUGCCAGCCAGGUGGCAUCGUGGAGCGUGGACGAGGUUUUCAUGUUUGUCCAGAACCUCAUUGGCUGUGAGGAGCAGGCCCGUCUCUUCAAAGAAGAGAUGAUUGACGGCGAGGCCUUCCUGCUGCUGACUCAGACGGACAUCGUGAAGAUCAUGAGCAUCAAACUGGGCCCCGCUCUGAAGAUCUCCAACGCCAUCCUCAUGUUAAAGAGCACAGACGACGGCCUCAAGUGAAGGCCUCUCCAUCACCCUCAUCGUGUGCCAAGUCAUUCUGUGGCAGGGAUGCCCGCUGUGCUUCAUGUGUUUGGUGUCCUGUGCCCAUCAGAGAGGAGAGAGAGACAGAGAGAGAGAGGAUCAGAGGAGCAGAGCACGGAGGAGGAGCAGAUGAUAGACGAGUUCAGGUAGAGGACAGAAGCGUGGGCUGGGAAAAAGAUGCUUUUACCUUCAACCCUAGAGACAAUUCUGUUCAAUCUAGUGCCAAAACUCUGCUAGCACCCUAAAGGGCUCCACAAGAAGUUGAUUUGACAAUGAUUUUUCAAAUAAAUAUCAGGUUAAAAAAUGAUCUACCUGUUAAAAUGGUGCAACAAGCUAGCCUACCAUGAAUCUAAGGUGCUUUUAAAUGUGUACAGACCAUAGACUGUAUAAAAGGACACAGCUCCAUCCACUCCAACUGGCUCCAAUACGUACUAGCUUCGGUGAGCUUCAUUUGACUGGAGCCGAACGCUUUGUCACACUCCUUUAGUCCACUUCUUUAUACAGUCUAUGGUACAGACAAAUAAAAGUUGUUAAAAAUAUUGAGAAACUGCUUUAGUGUCAAGUAAAACUGACAAUAUUUUCCUUUGCAGAACAUAGAUACUUCUCUUAGGAUCAGAGUUUGGAGUAAGUGACAGCUGAACCGGUCCAGGCGUUUGGUAGGAUCAGAACAGGUUAGUGUUUUAGAAGUCAUCGGUGUUACAGAUGUAGAUGAAGUCAACGCAAAGUCAACGCAAAUGAAUUUAAAGAGGAGAUAUUAUGCAUUUUCAUAAACUUUCACAGAGGAAUUGAAUCAUGUAAUGAACUAUAAUACACAUACCAGUCAAAGGUUUGGACUCAC